GUGUUCUGUCGAGUAUGCGGCAUUUACUGCAAUAUCAAGACGACACCGUCCGCUCAAUGCGUCCCAAACGUCUAGACACGCUUGCGUCGCGAGCAACGAUACUUACAACGAGUUGAACGCCUCAACAUGCGCACACCAGCGUCUCCGCUGUUAAUACUCACCCUGAUUCUCUCUCUCCUCGGGUUGACGACCGCCAAAUCCACAGCCACGUCCUUCUGCAAAUGCAUCUGCUUCAACAACAGCACCAUCAUCGCCCUGGCCCCUCCUACAUCCUCGACCCGAUCCGAGCACCAUAACCUCCUCGUCCGAUCAGCCGCAGAAGACGACGAUAGUACCGCCAAUCCGCCCGCAUCUUCACCUCGCCCACACCAUAAACUCACCUGCGCAGACUGCACCCGCGCAUUCUGCCUGGAUUAUAACCUGCCUAUAUGCAAAAACGUGAGGGAAGAAGAUGUGUUCACCACAUGUUUUCAACGCGACUCUCUAAAAGACGAGACAGUCGUAGUGGUCUUCAUUUUCGCAACGGCAGGUCUGCUCGCUUGGGCGCUGGUCAAGCCCUGGGUAGACCGGCUUAAGGAACGCAAUACAUUCAUGCAUAUUGGUCAACAUGAUGGGAAUGGUGCGAACUUUGGGGCCGGUGCGGCUCAAGCACCGCGGAAUGUCUCAGGCUCUGCUUCGGCAUCAAGAGGAUCUGGUCCUGGAAGAGGUGGAACAGCAAGGUCGGGCUCCGCACCCAGACCAGACGAUGAAGGGCUGUUGUCGAAUAUGCAUGCGGACCAAGACGCUGUUGAUAUAGUCUCCGGGUCAGGAUCUCGUUGAGAUACAGCACUUUGAUGACUUAUGACAAAAAUCCU